GGGAGGCAAGCACGCACUAGUACACGCGCAUGCGCUGUGGUGUGCCUAGCGCGGGGAGGUGAAACGCGGCGGUUGAAAUUAGAAAAGAGCGCACGAGGUGGCGCGCAUGCGCUCCGGGACACGAGAGGGGAAAAAGGCGGUUGAGGGUGCGCGCGCAGGCGCAGCGGCUUCACGCCCUGAGGCGACGAUGUGGUGCGGCAGGGCGCAGGUGUUGCUGGCCGUGGGGCUUGGCAUGGCCCUCGAAGCCCUGGCCUGCUGGUUGCUGAGGCGGUGGGACCGGCUUUGGGCGUCCCCGGCGGUGCGCGAAGUGCUUUUCUUCCCGUCGCGUGUGACGUGCAUCGAGGAGCUGCUGGCGGAGGCGGAGGCGCGGCCCGUGGCCCCGUGCGUGUGCCCGCUGCCCCACGGCGAGAGCGCGCUCGGCCGCCUCCUGGCCCACCUGCUGUCGGCGCGGCGCUCCCUCGAGCUCUGCGUCUUCGCCUUCUCCAGCUCGCAGCUCCGCCGGGCCGUCGUCCUCCUACACCGGCGCGGCGUCCGCGUCAGGGUCGUCACCGACACGGACUACAUGGCCCUCAAAGGCUCACAGAUCGGGAACCUCCGGCAAGCCGGAAUUCAGGUACGUCACGAUCAGGAUUGUGGCUACAUGCACCACAAGUUUGCCAUCAUUGACAAAAAAAUGCUGAUUACUGGCUCCUUGAACUGGACUACACAAGCCAUUCAGAAAAACAGAGAGAAUGUGCUGAUAGUUGAAGACACAGACUGUGUAAAUAUUUUCCUGACAGAAUUUGAAAAGAUUUGGGAGGACUACAAUCCAGCUAAUUACACAUUUUUCCCCAAAGAAGAGUAGGUACUGAAAAAGAAUAACAUUGAGCCUGGGACAAAAAUGCAGCUUGAAUGACAAUUUUGCAGUAAGUAAGAAUUUUAGACCAAAGACUUAUUGCUGUCUCAAGCUAAGUAUUUAAGAAUGGCACAAUUGCUUUAGCAGUGACUAAGGACCAAAUUCUACUUUUAAAGAAUUGUACAACCAGCAUACUGUGUUUGAAUUAUUUUCUGAGAAAUUAAUGGCCUGUGCUUAUCUAUUAUUUUUACAUAUCUAAAUCUGUUCCCAGUGAAUAAAGCUUAUUUUUUUAUAUUCUGAGAACACAUGUUCCUAUUGUAAAACAACCGUCCCAGCAUGUGGAAAGUUAGCAUUUCAAGAAGAGUUUUUAUUCUAGAUUCUCCCAGAGAUCCUAGCUUCCACAUGCAGAAAAGUCUUGUGUUUUUUGGAACAUUCUAACAUACAGCUUUCCCCUUUGUGUUCUGUAGUAGUAUACCUCUAGGGAUAAUAUGUGAAAUAGAAGAAAUAAAUGCUCAGUCAGUAUGUGAAUGUGUGUACUUUAACUCA